AUGCGCAGAGGCGUCACCAUAUUCAUUCUCGUCACCGUCGUCGUUCUCGGCUUCGCAGUACACAGCGUGUGGACACUACUAGGUCUGCUCGUCGCCACCGGUCGCGAAGAUGCCAUACUCCGCGGCGAGCUGCCUGCGCCAAACUCGGGCUCCAUCAACGACCGCCCACAACUGAUCCCCAAGAUCAUCCACCAAACCUACAUCAAUGAGAGCAUACCGGCGCAUUGGAAAGGACCGCAACAGAGCUGCUUGGACCUGCACCCAGACUACGAGUACAAGUUAUGGACCGAUAAGAAGUCGCGCGAGUUCAUUGCCGCUGAAUACCCGUGGUUCCUCGAGACCUUUGACGGCUACCCGUACCCCAUCCAGCGCGCCGACGCCAUUCGAUACUUUGUGCUGCACCACUUUGGUGGAAUCUACAUUGAUCUAGACGAUGGAUGCAAUCGCAGCCUCGACCCCCUCCUUGCCUACCCUGCGUGGGUCCGCCGCACCCUCCCCACUGGUAUCUCCAACGACGCCAUGGGCGCAGUCAAAGGCCACCCAUUCUUCCUAAAGGCGAUCGACUCGUUGACUGACUACAACCGCCGAUGGCCAAUGCCCUACAUCACAGUAAUGGCAUCUACCGGCCCUCUCUACCUUAGCAUCAUCUGGAGACACUACAACAACGCGAACCCCGCAGAGAAUGCUCGCGUGCGCAUCCUCUUCCCCGACGAGUACAACAACCACCCAUGGAGCUUCUUCACUCAUCAUCUCGGAAACAGCUGGCACAGGACUGACGUCAAGGUCAUCUUCUGGCUGGGACGACAUUGGCUACUUGUCACUGUUAUUGGCUUCAUUGUCGGAUUCGCCAUACUCGGUCUUCUAUACAAGGUCUUCUUCAUGAACAGAAGACAGCCUGGGUCACCCAAGCUCCGAUUCGCGUACCCACGGAUGCCCUUCUACCGUCGCAUAAGCCAGAAAAGUUUUGAAUUGGAUGAUCGGCUUCAGGUCUAA